UCAGACAAUUGUUUUCGAAGGCGGCGGCGCUUUAACUAAAAGAGCGUAGUUUAUAUGGUGUUUGUGAAUUAUUAUCGAUCAAUUAAAGAUUUAUCUAACUAGAACGCCUACAAAUAGAAUUGUGAUCUUGUGUUAUUAUAAACUACGCCAUGGGUAAUGUUCACACGGUCGGUCCUAAUGAAGCGCUGAUAGUUUCAGGCGGGUGCUGUGGAUCAAUGCAGAAACGAACCAUAGUUGGUGGAUGGGCAUUCGCAUGGUGGCUGGUCACUGACGUCCAACGUAUCUCCUUAGAGGUUAUGACACUGAACCCUAUGUGUGAGUACGUAGAGACAGCCCAAGGAGUUCCACUAACGGUGACCGGGGUGGCUCAGUGCAAGAUCAUGAAUGAAGACGAACUGCUUACCACAGCCUGCGAGCAGUUCCUCGGCAAGACCGUCAAGGAGAUCAAGAUGACCAUUCUGCAGACUCUUGAGGGUCAUUUGCGUGCAAUACUUGGAACGCUUACAGUCGAAGAGGUGUACAAGGACAGAGACCAGUUCGCCGGACUAGUCCGCGAGGUGGCGGCACCAGACGUCGGCCGGAUGGGCAUCGAGAUAUUGUCGUUCACCAUCAAGGACGUCUACGAUGACGUGCAGUACUUGGCCAGUUUGGGCAAGGCCCAGACGGCUGUGGUGAAGCGAGACGCGGACGUCGGCGUCGCGCAGGCCAAUAGGGACGCUGGUAUUAGGGAAGCGGAAUGCGAAAAAAGUGCUAUGGACGUCAAGUACUCAAUGGACACAAGAAUCGAAGACAACAUGAGACUAUUCAAACUGCAGAAAGCGCAGUUCGACCAGGAAGUCAACACUGCUAAAGCCGAAGCAGCGUUGGCUUACGAACUUCAAGCAGCGAAGAUCAAGCAGAAAAUUCGAAACGAAGAAAUCCAAAUCGAAGUAGUCGAGCGCCGAAAACAAAUUGAAGUGGAGCAACAGGAAAUUCUUCGUCGCGAAGAAGAACUGGUGGCUACCGUUCGUCUGCCUGCUGAAGCGGAGGCCUAUCGUCUGCAGGCUAUAGCUGAAGGAAAACGUACACAAACAGUGGAAGGUGCUAAAGCUGACGCCGAACGCAUCAAAGUGCUCGGUCUAGCGGAGGCCACUGCGAUCGGUGACGUAGGCAAGGCCGACGCCGAACGUAUGUUGGCGAAGGCCAAAGUCUACAAGCAGUAUGGAGACGCUGCUCUCAUGGCACUCGUCCUCGAAGCUUUGCCUAAGAUAGCGGCAGAGGUGUCCGCCCCGUUGGCGCGCACUGACGAGAUAGUGCUGGUGGGCGACUCGGGCGCGACCGGCGAGGUGGCGCGUCUCGCGUCCGGCAUACCGCCCGCGCUCAAGACGCUCACCGGCCUCGACCUCACCGCCGUGCUCAAGCGUUUGCAUCCCAACGAUGACACUGCCAAUGUCAGUUCGCUGGCUACAUCGACCAAGAAAAAAGAAGUGACAGUUUGUUAAAUGCCACAAUUUUCUAUCCCGUACCGGUCAGUGCCAUGCCACAGUAGAAUAUUCCUACAACCCAUCACACACGACAUAUAUUGAUUACAUUCAAAAUGUUAAUUUAAUUACUAUAAAUCAAUAUAAAAUAAGAAUAACAUGCUGUACAGUUAGCUAAUUUGUUUCUUUUAAUAGUCAUUGCAAAAUAGUUUAAAUUGUGUCCGGCUGCAUUUUAAUUGCGAUUAAGAAUCUUCAAAAACAUACUGGCUUUAAUUGACACUUCUAUGUUGUGUGUAACGGGCCUUACAAUCCCACCUCCACUUUAAGAAGUAGUUAAUAACAAAUAAUGUUUUAUAGAACAAUUUCAUGUCAAUUUAUAGAAUAUUUUCAAAUAUACUUACUGUACCCAAAAUAUACUUACCUAAGUUUAUAUAAAACACAGCUUGUCGGUCUAAUGUGAUAAUCAUUUUCUAUCCUUCGCUUACUAAUACAACUGCUUUAUACAUUUUCCUUACUACAUCUAAGAACAAAUCGUUAACUCUUAUCAAUAAUUACUUUUUAUAAUUAUUAUGUAUUGUAAUAGCGUACAAUCAUAGUACAAAUUAGAUGAUUUAAUUUAUUUACAAUGUAUUUUACUUAAUAUUAUUAUUUGUCGUUAUGAAUAUCUAUUUAUUUAAUGUUGUACCAUUAUGUGUUUAAGUAUAACUAAUUUAUUUGAAACAAUAGCUUAAAGUAAAUGUAAAUGGUUUGAUAGUAUAGUU